CAGAAACCUUCCGGGCUUUCCGGGCCAGCGCAGUGAGGCGAUGUGGCGCGUGGCAUUUCUCUUGUUUCUGUGUGCUGCAUGGGCCAAUGCGGGGUCCAUCGGUGGCCUGGUGAGCCACAAAAUACAAGAUCUCGCACCACACCACACCAUCCAUCACCUGGUGUGCAUUUCGUGCCAUGUGAGCAGUCUGCGGAGCCCCGGGUUGUGAUAUCCGAUACGGAUGACUUCGAGGAGGUCCUCACCGAUGCGGGCGGGCGCUACUUCAACAUCCGCCAUAACCCUGCUGCCAGCAGCCGGGACGAAUCGGCGUGCUACGGGUCUUCGUGCAGCAUCGGCGAUGGCCUCACAGGCGGCGCCAACUCAUCCUCCUUUGCAGAGGCCGGGGACCCAGCAGGUACUGUACGGUACGCAUGGAGAGAACAAUGGAUGGAUGCACUCGGCGGCUGUGGGAUAUAUGAAUGAAUGAGUGCAUUUGCAAUGUGGUGGUGGUGGUGUUGUCCAGAUGAGAUGAGGCUGCUGAUGGUAGUGGAGCACUGCAGACACGGUGCCCGCGCACCCAAGCGACAAUAUGAGGUACGAAGUGGACCACCGGCAUGGAUGGAGGGAUGGAUGCAUCAUGACAUGAGGCCUGUUGAGCUUCCUUUAUGUGUGCUGUGUGUCAUCAUAUGCAGGGAAACUUGACGGAGAACCGAAUCAGCUACCAGAACUGGUGGAUGGAUGGGACCCGCAAUCAUUCUCCGAUCUGGAAUGGAGGCCGUUCGUGUGUGUGUGUGUGUGUGUGUGUGUUCAGGUAUGGAGGCCACAGCGCGCUGACGCAGCUCGGCCAACUGCAGGUGGGACGAUGGAACCAACGAUGGUGCCCUCCAUGACAUACACAGACGGAAUGCCACCGGGUUGUCUUCUCCAGCACUUCGUCCUUGGCUCCAUAAUGCGCAAGCGAUACGUGGAGGAAUACAAACUCCUCUCUAAAGAGCUGAGAACGGUCAGAAGGAUGCACUGCACUCCAGCGGACACGCACGCACGCCGGAGUGCGUUUGUUGUCGCAGGAGGAGAUCUACAUCCGUUCGUCAGCCAUUUGGCGCACCGUUAUGUCGGCCAUGGCACAAAUGGCCGGACUCUUCCCCUUACAAGCCGGUCCACCCCCCAGCCACCGAGACCCAUCCACACACACUCUCGCCUAUGUCUCCUUGUCUCCUCCCAUCUGAUGCGAAUGACUGACAGGCCCCGGCUAUAGCGAGCCAGAAGAGACCAUGCGGACGGUGGUGUACCAGCACCCCAAAUCGCGGCCCAACCUGACGGAGUUCUUCGGGUGGAAGGACGUCCGCGAGUUCGACACAGUGCAUUACCUCCAUGACUUCGCCUGCCAGCACCACGUCGACAUCAAACAGUUCACAACACAGCAGAAGUUCCCACUGCCCACCGGAUGGCAAAUCGUGAGCAGAGCAAACCGGGAUGGGCUUGACGCACUCAACGAGGGAAGUUCUGGACCCCUUUGUGUGUGUGCGUGUGUGUUUGUGUGUGUGUGCGUGUCAGGUGCCUGUGUUCACUGCCGACAGAAAGAAUGACAUGAUCCUGCAGGGAAUGGUACGCCACUCACACGCAUACCUCCGCUCAUACGCAUCCACGCGUUGACCCGUGUCUUUUCUGUCGUCGGCUGUGUGUGCAGGAGGUCAGCGGGGUUCGCUGGCGUGUGCUGCAAUUGGUAGCCUGUCUGUCUGUCUGUUGCUCAAUCAGCCGUUUGCGUGCGACCAGUACGAGAAGCUCUGGAAAGCCAAACACGGCGAGAGCAAGACAUACCCUGACCCCUGCUCUCAGGUGGUGUCAGGCCAUCCAUCCACAAGACGUGGCAUGUCAGUUAUUGUGGUAGUGUGUGUCCUGUUGGCCUGCCUGCAGUAUUACAUGGACUUCAGCAGCGGCCAAUGGGACCGCAAAGCCGACAAACCACCCGAGUUCAAGGGCAUGGUACACCUACUGCAGGCCAUGGCUGCACAGCCAGGCCAGGUUUUGCCCAUUUGUCUGCUCGUAUUUGUGUUUCUUCGCCCACAGAACUGGAUCAAGCUCAACGACAAGUACAAAGCCGAUCUGGAAAACCUACUGAAGAAAAAUCCUCCCGGUACCUGGACAUCCAGACGGCGACAGAGAGAGAAGGGUCCAAAAUGCAGUUAGUGAGUGGCCGGCCGUCGGCCGUCUCCUACCUUGUCUGUCAGGGCCUGUCAACGCCGAGUUCUGCAUGCAGGACGACCCUCUCGGGUAGGCAGGGCAGCUGGGUGGCUGGCGAUGUAUGUGUCAUGUGUCAUGUGCAAUGUGUCUGUGCGUGUGGUUGGGUCGGUCGACGCAUACAUACACACAUGUACAUGCAGUGUGGUGGCGCUGUUGGGCGACGUCACACAGUGCCUUAUCGCCGGUAGGUACGCAGGCAGACGGAACGAACACAUAUCCGGUUGUGAGACACGUCUUGGUGCAGCUGGCCGCAAGACGGUCUUCAACAAUGACGAUAUCAAGUAAAAAGGAGGGAGUCUCUCUGCUGCCGGGUUAUGUCAUCUGACUGGUGUGGUGUGUCCAGAAAGUUGAAUUUCUUCAACGACCUCCGAUAUGUCUUCAACUGGGGAGACGAGGUCAGUCCGUGGCGCGCAGCACAGCACAGCCACACAUGGGUGGUGUCCAUCCACCUGUGGCGGUGUCCGUCCCGUGUGUGCAGUUCUACGCGCGUGUCUUUUCUGCGGCCUUCUACGGCAUUUUGCUGACGGCCUUCACCGCCAAGGCCUCACACGACCCCAAACUCAUACGCACCGCCGCCAAGACUAUCAAGAAGGUCCGUAUGAGAGGGAGUGGAGUGUAUGGCGAUGGUCUGUCUGUCUGUGUGCGUGUGUGUGUGUGAGCACUACCCUGGUAUGGGUGAGAUCCACAUGGACAAGCUGAAGCUGCUGCUGUUCAGCGGCCACGACACCACCAUAGCCGGAAUGCUCGAUGUCAUGGGCGUCUUCGACUACACACAACCGCCGUAACCACACCUCACCCCACCACACACGCACAUCGAUCACAUGCAUUCGCACACACAUAUACACAUCCACGUCGAUGCCCCUGGCCGGCCACGCAGGUUUGCGUCGUCUGUGUUCUUCGAGCUGUGGGAGAGGGGCAAGCAGCACUACGUCAAGGCAAGCAAAACAAGCCGACAGACAGACAGAGAAACAAACAAACAUGCCAGCCACAUGUGCGUGUCUCGGUCUGUGUGUCUGCAGGUGAUAUACAAUGGCAAGGAGCUGGACCCCUGCGGCGAUGGCAACACAGGCGGAUGCCGGCUCUUCAAAUUUGCCCACAAAAUCAAGUAGCCAGCCACGACACAACACAACACCACACCGAAGAACUCCCUCCCUCCCUCCCCCUGUGUGUCCGCGUCUGCAGGGGCAAGAUGACCUUGCCCGACCAGUCUCUGCUGACGAUGGAGCGGUGGUGCAUGUCGCCCGACUCCCCCGACGAGCACAUGUUUGAGGACAAGGACUUCCUCGGCCGCGACCCGCCCAAGAAACACGCCACGCGGGCCGACUUCCCCGUGUGUGUGGACCUGGACAAACACACGGGGAAGAGCAGCUUCAUGGAAAUGAAAGUAGGACACAUGUAGUGAACCAACGAACGAAUGAUAUGGGUAGUGGCAGUGCAG